UCGAACGUCGCGGCGCUACCAUAAAGUCUGCAACGACGCGCCGGCCGCAUCAUCUGCGUGCUCCAGCACUAACGGCGCCGCUGCCCUACAUCCCCGUCAGCUGAGUUAGGGGUGUCACAGUGGUGGGGGAAAGAGCUACUGCAUAGCGCAACGCGGCGCAGCAAUAGCGAGUUGACGGACCUACGAAGAGGCCCCGCUAUACCACACACCGCGAUCUAACCGGGUUUUCAGAAAAUCCACAGUCUUCGUACACGACAAAGAAGAACUGGUUUCAAACGGGGUAUAACUGCGGACAAAGGGGCUGUGACAUAGACAGGGUGUUUGGAUGGAGGCUGUGAACGGCGUGGCCGCAGGGCCGCCACCCCCCAGCCCCCUAACAGGGUGCUAUUUGCUGGUCGUGCUCGGAGAACCCCACACCGGCUCCCACAAGGAUAUUAUACUGCAGAGGCUGGCCAAAGGCCUCUUAUCAUGGAAUGUGAAUGACUGCCUUGUUGAUUUAGAAAAAGAAUUGACCAUAGUAACAGAGCAGGGAUUAGAAGGAGAAGAAGCUAGAUAUGGUGAAAGACUGAUCCAGUUCGCUUCCGAAAACCUAGUCACAGAAAUAUUAAUCCACCCAUCAGUUAGCACGCUUGUACAGUGUGUUCGAAACCUAUUAAGCAGCUUUACUAGACAUCGCCACAUCAUACAUGCAGGGUAUACCUUCGCCGCAAACGGUUCCUGGAUCUUACAAGAUGGAACAUUUUCCUUGGCGGAUUUCUCAGAAGCCUUUCAAGAAAUCGACGUUCAACGCGUCAUUAGAGCCUACGAAAAUGGCAUUUCCUUCGACAUACAUUGCUCUCCUGAGGGAGAAUGGAUGAAACUCCCUAAGGAAUCUUUCACCCGAGGAUGUAAAUUGAGGGUUAAUCCAGAUGAUGUGUUGGAUUCUGGAUCACCAGCAAUAGCCAACUUUGUAAACUAUAUAUCCCCCUUCUUAAUUCCUGCUGAACUAGAGAAUAUCUUAGAGAGCUCAGAUGUAGUAGGAAAUAUAAGAUUUUCCAGGCCCACACUAUAUGUAUUCCCAGGAGGCCAAGGUGAUGCCGCGUUAUUUGGUAUCAAUGGGUUCAACAUGCUUGUAGAUGGAGGAUUUAGCAGAAAAGCAUGUUUCUGGGAUUUCGUCCGUCAUUUAGACAGAUUGGAUGCAGUGAUGCUCACAAGACUGAAUAAUAGUAAUGCCAACGGAAUAGGAGCUGUGCUCAGAAGAAAAGCUCAAAAUGCUGUAUAUCCACAAAUUGGACACUUCUUCUGCAAUAUCCAGAACCGAAAAGCGAACCUAAGCCCUGACGGUGACAAGGACAAGGACCCUCUGGUGGUGAACCUCUUAGAAGAGGGACAAGAAUUGAUCUCAAACCUCCGUAGCCUAGAACUGAAUCCUCAGCUGUGUUACCGCGAUUCCGAGCCUAUAAAUCUGUACCAUAAAGUAGGCCAUGGAACUUUAGAUAUGUACGUAAUCAAUCCUGCCAAAGAUUCUAGAGAAGUCAAGGAAUUUUUACUCAGAUGGAAUAGUAACGACCACAAACUUUUCGCCAACCAUAAAUUCAGUAGGGAAUGUAUGUUACCUUUGCAAAAUAUCGUAUCUAUUUGUGCCCUCCUUGUUUGGAGACCGGCAAAUCCCAACGAUACCAUCACCAGGAUACUAUUUCCUGGGAGUGCACCACAAAACAAAAUCUUCGAAGGGUUAGAUAGACUCAAAAACUUAGAGUGUAUCAAACACACUGUUUGUACAGAAAGAACCUUAGCUCCUCCUCCUAAACUGAAGUCCAAAGAGAAUAUUCUGGAUAGGAUAGUUCCUCCAGAAAAGCCUAAAUCCGAAAUGAAGAGAAACAAACCAAGACAAACGCCAGAGAAUAAACUAAUAGAGGACAACAUCAAAAAUGGUCUUCAAAAUGGUCACGCUGAGAAGACUGUUAAAAAAUCCGGAUCUAUUGAAAGCGACAAGAGUGAAUCUAAACCGCCAAAACCAAAACGAGAAGAAAAUAAACUGACAGAAAGUAAUAAGCAAGAAAAAGAAAAAAUUCAGAAGUCUAAACCUGAUACCAAUGGUGUCAGAAUGAGACAGAAACCUUCUGAGAAGAAACCCUCACCGCCUACACCUAAAAAGACUGUAGAUACCAAAAAAUCUGAAUUGGAUAAAGAAACCACAAACCAAAGAGUGCGAAGUAAAGUUUCUCCUAGUGCUACUCCAGCCAAGAGUACGAAAGAUGCAACAAACAGGAGAGUUUUAGAUAAAAGCCGAACAGCACCGAAAAGAGAAGUGAAAGAGGCUAAGCAAACAGAGAAGAAAGAAGAACCAAAAAAAGUUGAGAGAAAACCAAUUUCUAGACGACCAAAAACCGACAUGAAAUUACCACAAAGUCCAGUCAAGCGAGCAAUCAAUGGUACACAUAAACCUGACUCGAUAUCCAGAAAAGGUAAACUCGACAGAGAUGUUACAACAGACUCCAGCACUGUCAGUACUCCAUCUGUUGAUCAGGACACUCUCUUAAAGAAAGACUUGUCUAAGCUCACACCAGAAGAAGUGCAGCAGCUCAAAGCCCAAGAACUAGCUGAACUCAAAGAAGAACAAGAAGCCAUCAAAGAACUAGAAGCCGUAUUCAGAAAAGGUGACAAAAUAACUGAGGCAUCGUCAGAUCUCAGAAAAGUCAAAGAUAUUUCCAUCGAUGACAAAACGGAUACUGAGGAAUACCUCAUUGUUGAGAAAGAAGUAAUUGAACCAAGUCAACCAGAAGAAAGCGAAGCCGAUGCUAAAGAAGAAGAAACUGUUAAAUUAGCGAGGGACAGUGAAGAAAGUGAAAAAAAGAGAGAUGAAUCUGAAACGAAAGAUGAUCUCGAUAAAGACCGACAAGUAGAUACGGAACAAGAAGAGAGUGGCAUUGGCGAACAGGAAACUGAUAUAGAAGAAGGGGAAGAAAUUCAGGAAAAUGAAAUUUCAAAAGAACCCUCUAUUCAAAGUCCAGAAGAAAACAAGAGAAUCAUUUCAAAAGAUGAAGAAAUGAAAGAACAGGCACUAGAAUCUCAGCCUGACGAAAGAGUGUCCGCUAACAUUGAAUCAGGAGCAACAACAACAGCUCCAACACUACCAGAAGAUGAAAGAAUACCUCUCAAUGAGAUCAAAGAAGAUAUUGUAGAUCAAAUCGAGGAAAAACAUGUGAAAGAGGAAACUAAAGAGAAGGAGACAAAAGAAGAGAUCCCAGUCAUAACUUUCACGACCAAAACUGCUGAAAAUAUAACCAAACUACCAUCUGUUGUAGGCAUACGCUUAGAUAAGGAGACCAGGAUUAGGGAUAUAGUAAAAACACCAGAUGAAGUAGCAGACUUACCUGUUCAUGAGGAAGUUGAUGUAGAACAUUUGACCGAAUUUGCGCAUGAAAGGGUCAAAUCUAAGGAUGAAAUUUACGGAGAUUCCCUUGUCAAAGACGAAGGGCUUACUAGUCCGAAGAAAUCAGAAGAAAGUCAAAAAGAAGAAGAGAAAAUAGAUGCUGCAGAAGAAAAAGUUUCAGUUGUUCCUCAGGUGGCUAAGAAAGAAUCAGAGGUUGAAGUCACUGAAGAAGCAGAUAAAUCGAAUGUAAAAGAAAGCCAACCUUUAGAGAAGAGUCCACUACAAGAAGAAAUCGAUGUGCAUGUUGAAACAACCAUUAAACCGGUUGAAGUUGUGGAGAAACAAGAUGAUACCAAAGAAGAUGAUUCAAUCGAGCUGAAGGACGAUACUCGGGAGAAAGAAUUAUCUGUGGAAAAACAACCCUCUGAUAAGAAAAUCCCUGAAGAACCCAAAGAUAUACCUCAAGCAAUUCCGCAGUCUUCAGAACUACCCAAAAAGGACAUAAUCGAAGAGGAAACAAUUCCCAAAGCAGAUGCUGUUCAGAAGAAGGAAACUAUUGAGGAAAUAGUCCAAAAAGAUUCAAGUGAGCAGCCAACCAUCGAUCAAGAGAUAAGUAGUAUCUCCAAGAUAAAAGAAGUUAAAGAAGAGAAAAAAGAAUCGAAGGAUAUCGAUGAAAAAUACGAAAAAUCUGAUGUGUUAGUAAAAGAUUCGAAAGAAAAGGAAAAAUUGGAGACAACCAUACCUCAAAUUCCAGAAGUAGAAUUAAAGUUACAAAAAGCUGAUAUUGUGGAAGAAGAAUCAGAAAAACCCGAUGAAGCUGAUGAAAUAUGUACAAAACAGACUGAACCUUAUGAACAAAAAAUUCACCACGAAGACGAAAAAGAGUCCACUGGAAAAAUUUCCGGAAUAACCACACCGGUAGAAAAGAAAACCAUUGAAUCAGCAGUAACAGAAAAGAAGGAAAGUGUCCCUGAAAAGGAUAGUCCAAGCAAAACGCAAGAUGAGAGUAGUGACAGAAGAGAAAGUGUUGAUGAUGUACAAAAAGUUGAAUUAUCAGGUGAGACUCACCAAGAAGCCAAAAUUAUACCAGAAAAGGAAAUGAGCUUGUAUUCAGAGUUGAAACAAGAAGAACUGAAAGCAGAGGAACAAGACAAAGAGCAGGAGAAAAAAGUUGCAGAUGAACCCAUCGAGACUUCACUGAAGAAAGAAAAAGAUGAGGAAUCUCAUGAGGUUGACGAAAAAACCUCUGAUCUGAUAUCAAAUGCAAAUGUUGAAGAAAAGGCGGAGAAAAUACAAACGAAACCUGAACAAUCCGUGAAAGUAGAAUCUAAGAAAGAAGAAAUCAAAAAUUUAGGUGAUCUUUCAAUAGACGAAGCUGUUACUGGAAUGCAAGACGAAAAAUCACAUGAAAUUCCAACGGAAAAAGUUGAGCAAUCUUCAGAUGAGAGUUUGAUAGGAAAAGAACUUCUGAAGCAAAUAGAACAUCCCGAAGAAAAAGACGAUCAGAAAAUAAGUGUAGAACAAACGAUAGAUUCCUCUCAAAACGAACAAGACCAGACUCUACACACUGUUCCAGAAACGAAAACCCAUAUCCCUGUUCAUACAGAGUUGGACAAGGAAGAAGCAAAAGAAGAACGAAAAAUGAGCAUAGCUGAGAAAGAAGAACGAAAAAUGAGCAUAACUGAGAAGGAAGAACGAAAAAUGAGUAUAACUGAGAAAGAAGAACGAAAAACGAGCAUAACUGAGAAAGAAGAACGAAAAAUGAGCAUAGCCGAGAAAGAAGAACAUCAGCUUAAACUAGAAGAUGAGAAAGAAAUGGAACUUGGAAUGUCUGCUGAGUCCUUGCGGAAAGGAGAUGAAAAAACUGGUUCAGAAACGAAAUCUGAGACUCCUGUUCAUUCAGGGUUGGACAAGGAAGUAGUGGAAGAAGAAAGAAAAAAGAGCAUAACUGAGAAAGAAGAACAGCAAAAACUGGAAGAUAAAAAGGAUGUAAACAUUAUAUCCGUUGAGUCCUUGCCGAAAGAAGAAGAAAAGAGCCCAAAACCUAUUUCACAAACGGAUUUGGACAAGAAAGAAGUGAAAGAAGAACGAAAAGAGAGCAUAACUGAGAAAGAAGAACGAAAAGAGAGCAUAACUGAGAAAGAAGAACGAAAAGAGAGCAUAACUGAGAAAGAAGAACGAAAAGAGAGCAUAACUGAGAAAGAAGAACGAAAAGAGAGCAUAACUGAGAAAGAAGAACGAAAAGCGAGCAUAACUGAGAAAGAAGAACAUCAGCAAAAACUAGGAGGUGAGAAAGAAUUGGACCUUGGAAUAUCUGCUGACUCCUUGCGAAAAGAAGAUGAAAAAACUGGUUUAGAGACAAAAUCUGAGACUCUUGUUCAUUCGGAGUUGGACAAGGCAGAAGUGGAAGAAACUGAGAAGGAAGAACAACAAAAACUGGAAGGUGAAAAGGAAUUAGACAUAGAAAUAACCACUGAGUCCUUACCGAAAGACCAAGAAAAAAGUCCAAAACCUAUUUCAGAAACGAAAACUGAGCCUGUUGAUCACUCGGAGUUGAGUAAGGAAGAAGCUAAAGAAGAACGAAAAAUGAGUAUUCAUGAGAAAGAAGAACAUCAGCAAAAACUGGAAGGUGAAAAGGCAGUAGACCUAGAAAAAACCACUGAAUCUUCGACUAUCGAAGAAGAAAAAACUGUUUCAGCAACGGAAACCCAUGUUCCUGAGCAUUUGGAGUUGGACAUGGAAAAAGCGAAAGAAGAACGAAAAAUGAGCAUACCUGAGAAAGAAGAACAUCAAGCAAAACUCGAAGGUGAAAAGCAGAUAGAUCUAGGAAUAACCACUGACUCCUUGCGGAAAGAAGAAGGAAAGACUACAGAAACUGUUUCAGAAACCAAAACCGAGACUCAAGAUCAUUUGGAAAAAACAAAAGAAGAACGAAAAAUGAGCAUAAUUGGAACAGAAGAGCAUCAGCAAAAGCUAGAAGAUGAAAAUAAAGCGGACCUAGGAAUAACCGCUGAGUCUUCGCAACACGAAAAACAAGAUACUCCACAAACUGAUUCUGUAAGUAAAAUCGACCCUUCAGUUCACUCAGAAACGAAAGAAGAACGAAAAAUGAGCGUAUCUGCGAAAGAAGAACAUCAGCAAAAACUAAAAGAUGAAAAAGAAGCAGAACUAGAAAAGUCAUCCGAGUCUAAAACAGUUGCAGAUUCAGAGAGAAUGUCCGAUGAGAAAAUUGAAUCUUGUGAAACGACCCAGUCUGGAAAAGAAGAAAAAAGUGCAGGAAUCGAUGAAGAUUCUUCAGAAUUGAAAAAAUCACGAAGUCCUUCACCAUCCAAAUUAUCAGAAAGAAAAUCUAGUAAGGUCGAGCAAGAAUUGAAACAACAAGUCGCAGAUUCUAUUGAGCCAAAGAAAGAAGAACAUAAGGAGAAGGACAUGCAAAAAACGGAAACGAAAAAGGAUGAUGACUUUACAGCAGCUCAAGAAAAACAAGAUGAAAAAAUUGUUUCACCGGAAAAACUUCCGGCUGAUCAUAGGGACGAAUUGAAGGAAACUUAUCUCGAAAGAGAUGAAAGUAAAGAUUCAGCUGAAAAAACAGAAGUAUCCUCUGCUGCGAAAACGAAAGAAGAUUCAGAAACUGCUUCAAAAGAAGUUGCAUCAAAAGAUCUUGAAAAACCUGGUGCACAAACAGAAGAGAAAGAAUCACAACAAUUGAAAGCAGAAGAACAAGAGAAGGAACUGAAAGACACAGUAAUGAGAUCUCCAGAAAGACGAGAAAGUUCAUCAGAUCAAGGAAAAGCACCAGAAAUUAUUCCGACUGAAGAAGAAAGGAAGAGUGAAGAUUCAAAAACAGUAGGAGUUGAGGAACAACCAAUAAUCGAUCAGGAAACUAAGACUUCCGAACAACAGGCUCCAAGUGUGGAAUUGAAAGAAGAAACAGAUACUAAAGAAAAAACUGAAGAUAAAAAAUUGCAGGAUGAUAUUGAGAACGAUCAGCCAAAAAUGAUCUCGAGUGAGAAAGAUUUGCAUGAGAGGAAGGACAGUAUAACGAAAACUCCUGAGAAAAUAGUUGAGAAGAUUGCUCCAGAAGAAUCUGAUGAUAUAACAACUAAUCUUCCAACUGUAGAAACAAUUGCUACUACAAAAGUACCAGAAACUCCUAUAUCACCUUCUUCAGAUGAUUUAAUCAAAAAAGAAUCUAUAACCCAAUCAGAAGAACAAAAAUCAAUAUCACCUACAGAUAAAGAAAAAUCUCCAGUUGUUCAGAUUUCUCCUUCAGAAAAAGAUGCAGUGCUCAGCGCUAGCGCUCAUGAAUCUCCAGAAAGUUCAAUUGUUAGUAAACCUUCCGAAGAUGUAGCUCAAGUUCACGCCAAAGAACAAGAAAAGUUAGAAGAUGAAAAGUUGGAAUCUCAUACCAUAUUAUCCGAAAAAGUGGAAGUGAAAACAUCCCCAAGUUCAGAUGAGAAGGAAAAAUCAGAUUCCCAAAAAUCUGAAAUAAUCGAGAAGAAAGAAGUAGAGUUACUAACUGGAGAAGAAAAAUCGAUCAAAAAUGAAAAAAUUGAAACGACUGAAAAGACGAUAUCUAAACCUCUUGAAGAUGAAAUCUAUGAAAGAAGCAAGAGCCCAGAUAAAAUUCAAGAUAUAUCUGGUAAAUCCGAAGAACAGAGUAUCGACGCCAAAUCAUCAGAGAAAAAACUGACUGUCGAUGAAGAAAAAUCAGGAAAGAAAGGUGAAGAUGAUUCUGAAAAGGAUGAUACUUCAGAUAUCAAAGUGUCAUCAUCACCAGUUCAACAAACUACACCAAUUAAACCAAUAGAAAGCACUGCCGAUUCACAUGAUAGAAAAUCUAGUACUGUAAGUCUCAAAGAAGAACUCGAAAUAUCCCAAACUGAAAUGGAAAAAGAAGACAAGGAGGAAGAUGACCGAAAAGCUUCUAUCGAGAAAAUAGAAAGCUCUGAAUCGUUCCUCACGCGCAAAUUUAGCGUUGUUCAUGCAGAGAAAGAAAUAUCCAUAGAAGCUGAAAAGGAUAAAGAAAGUACAACCUCUAGUACUGAAAUUAAAGAAAAAUCCCCUGACAGCAUUUCAUCAGGAGAAACAUCUACUACGGUCACUACCGAAAAAGAAACACCACAAUCAGCAACUAAAUCUGAGAGUAAAUUUGAAGAGGAUCAAGAAGAUUCUGCCAAAGAUAGCACACCGAAAACAAAAGAAACUGAUGAAAAACUUGACUUAAAUGAGCAGAAGAUCCCUGAGAGUACAUCACAUAAAGAUAUGGAACAAACAGAAGUUAAAGCUUCGACUUGUUCUGUUGAUCUUGACGACGAUAUCAAAACUAAAGAAGAAACAUGUACACAAUUAAUUAGCGAAGGGGAUGAAAAGCUUCAGAAAGAUAUCUCAUCUACAGAAGUAAAAUCUCCAAAAGAAAUUUCUAGAACAUCAUCGCCCUUAGAACCAGAAAAUAAAAAAGUGGCGGAAGAAUCUACUCAUGAUAAGACCAAAAUAUCAGUCGAUCAAGUAGAAGCGCAAACACUUGUGGAAGAAAAGAGACCAUCAGUUGGAGAUGUGAUCUCUGAUAAGAAAACAACCGCCCUAGAAACAAUUUCAAGUGAGAAAGAACACAAAUCAUUGGAUAGUGAAAAGGAAACCACAGGAGGAGAAAAGGUUGCUUUGGAUUCAAGUAAGCAUUCUGUAGAAACAGAGAAAUCCACAGCCGAAAAAUCCGAGAAAGCAACACCAGAAUUGGAAGUGAAAAAAGAAAUCGAAAAAGCUGAUGAGAAAGCAGAUUCUCCAAAGGAUAAACCGAUUUCACCAGUUGAAAAGCAGAGUCAUGACAAAGAUAUCGAAAAAGUUCAUGAUAUGGAACAAAAAGACAAUAAAUACGCUUCAAUGUCAACUGAAGAGGCAGAAGAACACAAAGACAUCAAUUUGAAUCGUGAGUUAAAAUCGAAAAAUGAAGUUGAGAAUGUAAUUGAGAAAGGUGGAGAGAAACCCGUUCAAAUUGAUGAAUCUGCCACAAAAACACCAGAAGAUACGGAAAAAGUUGAAAUUAUUGAGAAGCAAGACCAUGAAACUGCUGAAACGGAAAAAGGAUCUAUAGCCAAAAAAGUCGAAGAACAGAAACUACAUAAAGAAAUGCCACUGGGUGAUAUAAAAGACUUUUUGGAACAGGAAAAACUGCACAGUCACAAAGAGAGAGGUUCAUUAGGGGAAAUACCUACAGCAGUAGCAACAAAACUCGAGGAAAAACGUGAGGAAAAGUCAGAAAUGGGUGAAGAAAAGUCAGAAAAAAGUUCAAGUGAGACCCCGCUAUCGAUUGCUGAGCAAAAAGAACAAAGAGAAGAUGAUUUGAAACCUAAAGUAAUCAAUCAAGAAAGUGGUAUUACAGAACCAAAAGAUAAUCAAGAAGAAACAUCAGAAAGCAGGCCUUCUUCUAUCAUUUCUGAUGACAGAAUCAUGAAAACUGAGAAGAUCAAGAUAGAUCUAACUGAUAAGCCAGAACAUGCUGAACCUGUUCUUCUGAAAUCAACACCGGAAUCUCCAAUCAUCAAUAUUGUUCCUCAAUUGCCCGUUCUGCCUACUGACAUCGACAAAGCAGAGUUAGGCAGGAAAUCACCUGCAGAACGCGAAGAAGAUGUCGCCAAAAUCGUGGCUAGUGUAGCAACUGUCCUUAAAUCUGACGCUCCGUUGGAGGUGUUCCACAAACAGAUACCCCUCUAUACGACAGAGCUCAGAGAAACUCAUAUUACAACAUGUGAUUCCCCAGUGACAGAGAAGGACAUUCAUAUCGAAUUGCAACAAGAAGCAGAUUGGAAGGAUCAAGAAGCGGAGUUCUUAAAAGAUUUGGAAUCCAGCAUCAUAGAAGAUAAAAAAGAACAGAUUGAAGAAAGUUCAAAGACUGAAGAACCCGAAGAUUCUGGCACAGUUCAUAGAAUGUUAGUCACAGCAUCGAGCGAAGAUGGUGGUGAAGAAACAGAAAUAUGUCCUCCUGGAACUAUAAUAUUCUCCAGAAGUUCUGAAAGCUCUGGAAGAUCAUCUCCUGAAAAUAUGUCCAGAAAAUUGUCCCAAACUUCAUCGAAUCUGGAUACCAUAUCUGAUCAGACCACCGUCAAGGAACUGACAGAUGCAUUAUCCAAAAAAGAACCUGUAAUCGAAGAAGUAUGCAAAUCUACGAAGGGAGUUUUGGAGGGAGCACGCCAAUCAGAUAAAGACCAUGCCACACAACAAAUCUAUCCUGAUAUAGAUUUAAAGGACGAGGUAAAAUCUCUGGAAGAUCAAAUAGAAGAAGCAAUCAGGACGGAUAAGAGGAAGGAUGAGGGCAAAGACGAGAAGAAAGAAGAUAAACGAAGUGAAAUACAAGAAAUUCUAACCGAAGCCCUGCAAGACGUAUCUCGGGAUGCUGAGGACGUCAAAGAAACGGUUGCCGGUAAAAUUGGAAAUGUCUUUGGUAGCAUCUUUUCUGGAGCUUCCAAAGUGAGCGAAGCUUUGAGCCAUACAUUAAGUGACAGUGUAAAAGUUGUUGAGUCUAGCAUCGAUGAGGGAUUAAAAAAAGUAGAGAGUGAAAUUGGCGAAGUAAAACAUAAAAUAGAAGAUGCUGAAUCUAAAGUGGUGGAUACAUUGGUAGAGAAAAAAGAAAUGGCUGAACAUAUUGUUGCCGAUCAUUUGAGGGAAUCAGUCUCUGCUCUGAGUGACACUAUUGAUAAAACAGAUAAAGCUAAGGACUCCUUAGUGAAACAGACUGAAGACACUUUGGAUAAGAUGGCUGCUCCCUUGAGAGAAACACUAGGAGAUGCCCUCUCGAAUUUAGCUGAAUCCCUGAAGCAUAAAGAGGAAAGAUCAGAUACGGCACAUAAAGAAGAGAAAGAAAGUGACUCGAAAGACAAACCAACAAUCAGUGAAGAUGUAGAGACAGAUGAAUUUAAAAGAUGGGUUGUAACAUCCGGAGGAGAAAUAACUCAGCAAAUCUAUCCUUCUUUGAAGGACGACUUGAAAAAUGUUACAGACAAAGUCGAAGAUACCAUAGGUCAAAUAAGUGGUGGUAAGAAAGAAAGUCCUGUUGAUUUGGAAAAGCCACUGGAAAAAGUGGAGGAAUCUAUCACAUCAGUUAUUAGUGAUGCUACAAAGGAAAUCGAAGAAGCUCUAGGGAAGCUUCAAGAUACUAAAGAUAUUUCGAGUGAAGAGUAUGAGAAAAAAACUGAAGCAUCCCCUUCCAAAGAAGAAAAGAAAGAAGAAUUAGUCAAGGAUAUCGAUCAAAAAAUAAGUAGUACCAUUGAAGAUUUAGGUGAAAUUGUUCAAGACACCAAAAAGGCGGUUGUUGAUCAUAUAUCUGACAAGGAAAAAUCGCUCAAAGACGAAAAGGAGAAAAAAUUGGAAGAAAUGAAGGAAGAUGUCAAUGCAAAGGUAGAAGAAAUAAAAGGAGAUCUAGUCGAUAAAAUUGAAGAAUCAAAAAAGACUGUUGAAGAAAAGAUGUCUGAAAUGGAAAAAUCUGUUACUGAGAAGAGCGAAAACAAACUCGACGAAUUCAACGAAAAGCUUGGGAGUACUCUUGAGAAAUCUGAUGCUGCUUUGGGUAGUAUCGAGAAAACUGUUGAUGAACUUACUCAUAUUAUAAGCGAUACCAAAGAACAAAUUGGAGAUUCAGCAACAAAAGAUGUGGAAGAAACAGUUAAAGAAAUCGAGAAGAUGGAAAAAGUAGCUAAUAUUCCUACAGAGGACUUCAAAAGUCUCAAGGAUGAUAUUUCGGGUAUAAUUCAUGAUUCAGGACUUGAACCUUCGAAAGAGUCAGCCAAAAACAUUGCUCAAGAAUCCAAGGCUUCCCAUGAUACUGUGAAGGAGCAUCUGAUAGAGAAAGCCCAGCCAACUUCUAUUGAGGAGAAGAAACUAAAAGAUGAGACUUCUGAAUCAGAACAUGGUAAAGACUCUUUACUGAGUAGGUUAGAAACGAAGGCUGAGAAUAUGAUCAACUCCUAUACUGACGAAAUAAAGGAUACCCUCUCUGGAACUGCAGAAGAAGAUGCCAAAAUGUCAUUUGAAUCAAUAAAGCAUGAUAUUGAUGUGAAAGAUAUGGAAAAAGAAAUGUCAGAGUUGAUCGAUGCAGAAAGCAAAACUGCACAAUCUGUGAUAAGUGAAAUUUCUAAUAUAGUGAAAGAAGAAAUAGAUAGUUCUUUGAAAGAUCUCGGUGGAGCAGAGAAGACCAUAGCACAAGAAGUAGCAAAAAAAUCGUCCGAUAUAUCAGAGUCCUUAAAAUCAAUGGUUGACACUGGCCACUCUGUCAAAGAAGAAACCAAAAGUACGAUCAAAGACUUGGGUUCAACGAUUGCUGAAAAAUCUGAGGAAUUAGUAGAAAAAAGUAAAGGAGAAAUUGAGAAAAAAAUUUCUGAUGUGAAAACAGAAGUGGAAGGGACCAAGACUGCCAUUAUUGAGAAGGCUGAAAGUGUAUCAAAAGACAUCAAAGAUACCAAGGAUAAAGUGGAGGAAACAUUCAGUGAAACCAAAGAAACUGUAGAAGCAAGUAUAUGUAGUAUUAAGCAGGAUCUCGAGAAAGAGAAAGACGCUCUCGUUAGUGCAGGGAAAGAAAUAGAAUCAGAAGUCAAACAUGCCGUUGAAGAUGUAUUUGAUGCCGGUAAAAAACUAUUUGGAGGGCUUUUCGGAAGCAAGAAAUCCAAGGAUGAGAAAAAGACUAAGGAAGCAGAGAAAAUAUUAACAGAUACAAAGGUUGAUAAAGAAGACAGUACGCAAAGUUGUAUACAGAAAGAUAACAGGGUCACUUCAGAACUGUCUGGAUGUAUUUCUUCAGAUGGCAGUGAUGAAAAAUGUGAGGUUGUAGUUAAGGAUAAAUGUGAUGUGAUGGGAACUCUAGGAUUAGGUAAAUCUGGUGAUAUUUCAGAGACUUGUGAUAUUAGCAAAGGUGAUGUACAAACCCAUUUAGGCUUAGACGUUAGUCAAGAAAAGAAAUUAUCUAUAUCAGAUGUUGAAAUUUUCGUUGAUGAAAAAGGUGAAGAUUCCAGCACGACUCACGAUAAAAAGACUGACAAAAAAGAUCAAAAAGAAGACAAAAGUAAGGUAGAAAUCGUCACGAAGGAAGGAUUAGAUGAUAAACCUCAUAUCAAAGCUGAGGAUUCAGAAGUCGGUACUGUUUCAUCACAUGAAUCUGAAAUCGAAAAACAUAUCACAGAUGUGCCUAGAAAAGAGCUAUCUUCUCAAGAUGUCCAAAGUGUCACAUCUACCAUCAACGCCCAGAAGCCGCCCUUUGGUAGUGAUAAGGUCAGCGAUAGUGAGGAUGAUUUCACCUCACAACUACAUCACAAAAUGUCCGAGCAGAUGGAUCCUAUGAUGAUGUCGUUUUACGGUGCUCUACCAGAUGACGACAGGGACGCGGAUGACGGAGAUGACCUUUCAGGAAGAUCUGAAGUGCCACUCACGCAUCUGCACGAUCUGACCAAGGCUAAGUUUGAUGGCAAGAAGUUCAGUGCCGCUACGGGAGGUCUAGAAUUUCCUGCUCAAGAUCCGAUGACGUCGAGCUUUUACGGAGAAUUACCAAGUGAUAAGGAGGAUAAGGAUCCGAUUGAAGCUUGGGGAAAACCACUGGGUCUACCAAGUCCUGCUCCUCCAAACGAAAAAAGCACGCCGAAGAAAGAAAGGAAGCUACCUUCAAACGUUAUGGCCAAGAAUAGAAUAAAUGAUGACAGGGCAAGGUCGGAGUCUCCUUCUAAGAAUAAGAAGAAGAUAAAUCCUGUGUACGUUGACCUCACCUAUGUCCCCCAUCAUGGAAAUUCGAACUACGCCUACGUCGAUUUCUUCAAAAAAGUCAGGGCGAGGUAUUACGUUUUCUCUGGAAUUGAACCUAGUCGAGAGGUCUACAACGCACUUCUUGAAGCAAAGCAGACGUGGGAGGAUAAAGAUUUAGAAGUGACCAUCAUCCCAACUUAUGACACCGAUGUGCUGGGCUACUGGGUAGCUGAGAACGAAGAAUUGCUGACUAAAUACAAGAUCGAUCUAUCACCGUCAGCCAGCCGAUGUACCAUAAAUCUGCAAGACCAUGAAACGUCAUGUUCAGCCUAUCGCUUAGAAUUCUAAAGCACCGUUUCCCCAAUCAGCAAACUUGGUUUCUACAAACGCUCUUUUCAAAAUUGAACGCAACGAACCGUGGUACGAAACUGGCCAAAAAAAGAAACACUGAAUCCAUCUCUGAAACGUCCAUUUUAAUACCAUAAUUUAAAGCCAAGGUAUACCAUAUAUCUUCCUCGUUUGUACCUCCUUGUAAAAGAUAUUUAUCCUAAUCUAAAGCAGUCUUCACACGCCUAGCAUAGACCCAAGUUUAAAAGUUAGGUAGUUUUGAGAAUUUAAUCGUUGGAUGCCAUAGACUGGUUUUUCAAGAAAGGGCAAACCAAAUUUAGAAUACUUUGAAUUUAUCGAAACACUUGAUGUUGUGAACUUCAGUGUUAAACUGCGACUGUGGAGUCGAUUCUUAAAUUUUGAACAUUAGAAUAGAAUCAAUUCGAAAUUUAAACUUUAAGCUAUAAAGAUCAAUAGCUUAGAUUGCAAGAAAUAAUUAAAUAGAUAGCAUUAACAACAAUAGACAAUCUUCCUCGCAUAAUUUUAAACAUUUUUAUUUCAUCCAAUUAGCACCGUUUUCAUUGAUCCUUAUGUUUUGUUGAAUGCUCGUGCUAUAUAAUUAUUUCUUUCGCUUUGAAUGUUACAUUUUACUGUGUAAUAUAAUUUUAUGUUAUCUAGUUCCUCAUAUCUUACCUGCGUAUAUUUCUGAAUAACCCAAUGAAUUUUACCAACAACUAAAGGGCCUAUCAAUACUUGUUUGUUUAUGUUUGAGCCUCCGGAAGAAUUACUGUUGUUUGUAACUAGCCUCUUUUUCUUUGAGUUGAACCAACGUGCAAAAAACGAAUUCCCAUACAUACAAGUGCCACUUAUAGAUUAAAAAUGAAGGAAACACGGAAAAUAUCGGAUUAUUUUACCAAAAAAAUUGCUUGAACCAACGGACUAGAAGCGCAUUUUUAAUAUACAUAAAUUAUACAUAUAGUGGUUUGGACAUAACUGUAAAAAUUGUUUCUUGCAUGAUUAAGUGUGGUUGAACUCAAGAAAAACUAAUGAAUUUUUGUGAUCGAGCUUUUGAAUGGUACACAAUACAAUAAAUUAAAUAUUGUUGACUAUAUAUGUAAGUUGGUGCUAUAAGAAGUUUGCCUUGAAAGGUUUUUCACAAUAAUAUGUGCGACACCUGGUUUGUAGAAAAUUUUCAAAUUGGAAAAAGGUUUUGGGCUUAUCUCCAUAUUGACUCUCUCUUCCUAUGAAUUACCCAAGAUUUAAGCAGGUACUUAAAGAAUGAAAUGAGAAAAAAACUGAAAACAAGGGAGAUGAGAAUAAAUUGAAGAUUAGCCUGUAAGGUUUCGUAUCUACAGACGGAAUAGAAUAAUUCAUUACAGUUUUAUAAUCACCCACAAUCAACUAAUCGUAUUUAUUUUUCCGAUCAAUUAAUUUUUAAUUUAUGAUACUAUAUUUAUUUUUAAGCGCACACAUUGAUGGCUUGAUCUAUUCCUGUAGAUACGGUUGACGAAGAAGUGUAACUUUAUAUUUUGUUGGAAAAACAUGUAAGUCACUUAAAUUUUUCUAAGUAUAUUAUGAAAUCAUAUAGCUUCUAGUCAAAGUCCUAUCCUUUAGCUUAAAAAUGUUAGGAGUAAUAUAUAUUCAAUUGCAUUUAAUGUAUGGGACAUGUAUGAGAAUAAAGAGUAUGUAAUAAUAAUAA